AUGGCCUGGUUUACCCUUUACCUCCUGAACCUUCUCUGGGCUAUGGCUGGGACCAGCACCCAUGCCCAAAGCUCAUGCUCUGUUCCCCCAGCACAGAAGGCCUUAGUUAAGGGUUUACAAGUGCUUAUGGAGAGCUCGGUGACCCACUCAGCCUACCCCAACCCCAGCGUCCUGAUCGCCAUGAACCUGGCCGGAGCCUACAACUUGGAGGCCCAGAAGCUCCUGACUUACAAGCUCAUGGCCAGUGACACAGCUGACCUGACCAUUGGUCAGCUAGCCCUCACCAUUAUGGCUCUCACCUCCUCCUGCCGAGACACUGGGAAUAAAGUAUCAAUUCUACAGAGACAAAUGGAGGACUGGGCACCUUCAAGCCCCAAUGCCGAGGCUUCAAGUUUCUAUGGACCCAGCCUGGCCGUCUUGGCGCUGUGCCAGAAGAACCCUGAGGCCACCCUACCAAUAGCAGCCCGUUUUGCCAAGACCCUACUGGCCAAUUCCUCUCCCUUCAAUAUAGACACGGGAGCAAUGGCGACCUUGGCUCUGACCUGUAUGUACAACAAGAUCCCUGUAGGAUCAGAGGCAGGUUACAGAACGCUGUUUCGUCAGGUACUAAAGGACACUGUGGAGAAUAUCAGCAUGAGGAUCAAAGACAGCGGCAUCAUUGGGGACGUCUACAGCACUGGCCUUGCCAUGCAGGCUCUCUCCGUGACUCCUGAGCAACCUAACAAGGAGUGGAACUGCGAGAAGACUAUGGAUACAAUACUUAAGGAGAUUAAGCAGGGGAAGUUCCACAACCCCAUGUCCAUUGCCCAGAUCCUCCCUUCCCUGGAAGGCAGGACAUACCUAGAUGUGCCCCACGUGUCUUGCAGCCCUGAUCAUGAGGUGCAACCAACUCUACCCAACUUUCCUAGUCCUGUCCCCACCUCUGCAGCCAACAUCACUGUCAUUUACACCAUAAAUAACCAGCUGAGGGGGGUGGAGCUGCUUUUCAACGUAACCAUCAAUGUCAGUGUGAAAAGCGGAUCAGUGUUACUUGUUGUCCUAGAAGAAGCACAGCGCAAAAAUCCCAUGUUCAAAUUUGAAACCACAAUGACAUCUUGGGGCCUUGUCAUCUCUUCUAUCAACAAUAUAGCUGAAAAUGUGAAUCACAAGACGUACUGGCAGUUCCUUAGUGGCAAGACACCUCUAAAUGAAGGAGUUGCUGACUAUAUACCUUUCAACCAUGAGCACAUCACAGCCAAUUUCACACAGUACUAGGGACGAGGGGUCCGGGUUCUAGUGAACAUCUCCAAAGGAUGCCUGGAAUUUUUCGUCAUUUCAAAUCU